AUGUCUUACAAUGGUUCGGCUAUCCACCCCCCUGGCCCUACGAGUACUCCUGUGGGAGAUCGUUUCUGCCCUACUAUGCCCGACACUGGCGUAACCAGGACUUAUGAUCUCCACCUCGCCUAUCAGACCAUUGCGCCAGAUGGCGUGACCAGGAAUGGUUUGACUGUCAAUGGUCAAUUCCCGGGACCUCUCAUUGAGGCCAACUGGGGUGAUUGGAUUCUGUGGAGGGUCACCAACGACCUUACAGACGAAGGCACCACACUCCACGCUCACGGUCUUUUCCAACAAAACACCAGUUGGUAUGACGGUGUCCCUGCAGUGGCCCAGUGCCCUAUCACACCCAACGGUGGCUACUCGGAGAUGUUGUUCCGCGCCGAUCGCUUUGGAACCUCUUGGUAUCACAGCCACUACAGCGCGCAGUACUCUGGUGGUGCUCACGGCCCCAUGGUUAUCCACGGUCCCAAGUAUGAAGAGUAUGACAUCGACGUCGGCCCAGUCAUCCUCGAGGACUGGUAUCACGCUGAUUACUACUCUUUGGUCGAAAGAGUCAUGGCAGGAAGGUUCCCUCCUUCAAACAACAACCUGAUCAACGGCCGCAUGAACUUCCCUUGCGCCAAUACUACUCUGCCUUGCGUGCCCAAUGCCGGUGUCUCCAAGUUCCAGUUUCAAUCUGGCAAGAAGCACCUGCUUCGUCUCGCCAACAUGGGUGCCGAAGGCAUCCAGAAGUUUAGCAUUGACGGGCACGUCAUGAAGGUCAUCGCUGUUGAUUUCGUCCCGAUUGAGCCAUACACGACAAAUGUUGUAACCCUCGCAGUUGGCCAGCGCUCGGACGUCAUCAUCGAGGCAGUUGGCAAGCCCGGAGACUCGUACUGGAUGCGCUCUCAACUCGCGCAGGGAUUCCGCUGCACGCUUGACGAUGGAGUCUCACCAAACGCCCUUGCAGCCGUGUACUACGAGGACGCCGACACCGACUCAAUCCCGACCUCCGUCUCAGACGUUACUCAGGAUCAACUGGAGCAGUGCAAGAAUGACGCGCUUGACCUGAGCAAGCCUCUGUGCAAGAUCCCGCUGGAGGAGCCCGACCACACCGAAGUCGUCAACUUUGAUUUCCGCUCCAAUGGCACAAACUUCAUCUGGUUCCUCAACAACAGCACUUACCGUGGCGAUUACAACGACCCGACGCUUCUCAUUGCCAAGAAGGGCGGAAACACAUUCCCACCUGAGGCAAACGUGUACCAGUUCCCUGGCGCAAAGAACGUCCGCAUCCACCUUGUGAACAACGCCAUGGUUGGUGGCCACCCGAUGCAUCUUCACGGCCACGACUUCCACGUCCUUGCUGAGGGCUACGGCGCUUGGGACGGCACGAUCAUCAACCCAGAGAACACGAUCCGCCGCGACGUGCACCAGAUGACCAACGCGCGCAAUGUCAGCGGAGUGAUUGAGCCAUCGUACAUGGUGAUGCAGUUCACGCAGGACAACCCUGGAGUCUGGCCACUCCACUGCCAUCUCGCGUGGCACGUCAGCGGUGGCCUGUUCAUGCAGAUUCUGGAACGCCCAGAAGACAUUCGCCAACAAGACUUUGAUGAGGAUGUGUUUGACCAGUGCGACAAGUGGGCUGCUUACACAGCAGACAACUUUGUCAACCAGAUCGACUCGGGCCUGUAA